AUGGGUAACAAGGUUACAAAGCGACGGUAUACGGUGGAGGAGCAGUACACGCACCCGCAGGGGCUGUACCCGCACCGCGACAUCGACCUGAAGAAGCUUCGACGGCUCAUUCUCGACGCCAAGCUCGCUCCGUGCCACGUGGGCGGCGACGAACCCAGCAGCGACCUGGACGAAUGCCCCAUCUGCUUCCUCGUGAGUGCUGAGAGUCAUGCUGCAGUGAGUUCCACCCAGCCCUCUCAUUUCUUUCCCCCUUGCUCACUCUCCUCUGCUACUUCCUCUUCUCCCUCCUCUCUCCUGCUCUCCUCCUCCUCCUCCUCCUCCUCCUCCUCCUCCUCCUCCUCCUCCUCCUCCUCCUCCUCCUCCUCCUCCUCCUCCUCCUCCUCCUCCUCCUCGUCUUGUUUUUCGCUCGUAAUUUCCUUGUGUCCGUUCUGCAAGGCGCCAACAUUCUCGGUGGAAUUUCGGGGGAAACGCACAGCAGAGGAGAGAAACGUGGAGCUGGAGGAGGAGCAGAAGGUGAUAGAAGCAAAGAUAAGGAUGCGGCAGGAGGAGGAGGAGGCGUAUGCAGCACGGGUGGCGGAACGCCAGGCGGCAACAGAAGCUGCCUCUUCCCUCAAUUCCUCCUCCACCUCCUCCGCGCUCCCUCCCACCACCCCCCCGCCCUCUCGCACUCCUCCUACGCCCCCCACAUCUGCUGCUGCUGCUGCCACGAGUGCUUCGUCAGUAGCAGGCGAAACAGCAGGGGAGACAGGAGAAGCAGCAGAAGCAGCAGCAGCAGAAGCAGCAGCAGCCAGUGGCAGCAGCGACACAGGCAUGGGGGUCCUCCGUUCCUCCCUGCAGCUCUCCUCCUCCGCCUCGUCCUCCUCUCGAGAGAGGGGGGGCAUAGGCCGUUCCACCUCCCGCCCCAGCAGUAACAGCGGCCGCGGUGGUAACCAGACGGCUAGUCACAAUUGGUGGGAGGGGCCGUUUGCAGGGGGGGGAGCAGGGGCGGGAGCAGGGGUGCGGCCGAAUCAGCUGCAUUUGCCGGGUGGGGGAGGGUAUUCUCCAGGUGUGAAUGAUGGUGGUGGGAGGUAUGGGGCCGGUGGCGGGACGGGCGGAGUAGGGGGUGGGGAUGGGGGUGAGGUUUGGGUUGGGGGCGCGGUUAGGGGCAUGAUGCCUACAUAUGGUGUGGGAGGGAGUGCUGGUGGCAGGGGAGGGGGGAUGGGAGGAGGGGGAGCAGGGGGGAGAGGGUUAGGGGGAGGGGCAGGCGGAGGAGUGGUCCCAAACUUUGGUGAGUGGCGUGAUGAUGGUGAUGAUGAUGAAGUCGUGUUCGACGGCAACAUGGCCCACCAUCGCCUGGAGUUGGAACGAGCCCGCCGCAGAGCUGCUGCUGCUGCUGCUGCUGCUGCUGCUGCCGCCGCUGCUGCUGGCGCUGCUGGCGCUGCUGGUGGUGCUGGUGGUGUUGGUGCUGGUGGUGCUGGCGCUACAGCCGGUGCUACAGCUGCCUCCUUUUCCUCCCCCACUGGCAGCUCCAGCAGCAGCACCCGAGCCUGGUACCCAGGCUCGGUGGAAGGGGCAGGCUUGGCAGUGGGAGCCAGGGCUGGUUCGGGAAGAUAUGGUUCGGGGUCAGGGAGAGGCGUGGGAGCAAUGGGAGGUUGGCCAGGCGCAACUGGUGCUGCAAUGGGUGCUGCGAGUAGCCAUGGAUCCACCGUCUCUCCCAGGCUCUCCCCUUCAAGCCUUUCCACUCCAUGCCUCUCUCGCUCAUUUCUCUUCAUGCCUCCCUCUUCCCCCUUCCCCCCACCUCCAUGCGUCCCAUGCAUCAACCAUCUCUAUGUGUUGGAUGUUUCCACUACGUUGGAUGUUUCCAAUCGCCAUCCCCGCUCCAUGUGUCCCGUGUGCCAUGCCAUCAGAGCGGACGAGCUGGGAGUGGAUUUGGAGGAGCUCUUGCUCAUGGAGGCCAUCUGGCUCUCGCUGCAGGUACGCCUUGCUUCCUCUGCCGCUCUCUGUCCAGCUGCUACCUGCUGUGGGGCUCUGCUUUUCUUGCCUUUCUUGGGAGUGGAUUUGGAAGAGCAGCUGUUGCUCAUGGCGUCCAUUUGUCUCUCCCUCCCCACUUGCCCCUUUCCCCUCGACCCAGCAUCAGGAUCAAGACGAGGCAGCUCGCCGCACAUCAGAUUCAGCUUCAACACCAGCAAUUACUGA